AAAGUAGAAUGAAGCUUCAUUCUACUUUGCUCUAAUGAAGGCGAAUUGGCCGAAAACGCGUUAAUCAUUCUCUAUUUUUCAUAUGUGGUUUUUCCGUAUAUAAAUAAUAUAUAUAUUAUCCAAGUCAUCUAUGGCGUCACAGUAUAUCUAAGCUUAGAUUUAAAAUAAGUUUAUAAAGAAAAACCAACACGGUUUUAAGGGGAAACUGUACAUAGCAAACUUACUGAAAUUCCAUGACCAAUGGACGAAUACAAUAGAAGCCAGAGAGAAGGGUGGAGCACAAGACAAGAGACUCGGCAAUGUUUACAACAGCCUGACACUCUGAAUGAGUAGAUUGAUCCACACUUGAGUGAAGCACUUGGCAAGGAGAGCCUUGUACCAUAGUGUCGGGCAGAGUGGCACUCAGGCACCUGAGAUAUUAAUGCGUUGCUGGCGACACUUGGGAGGCCGGGGCGGGGGGAGUGGAAUAUAUCAUGUUAAUCUAUGACGUCAGAUAUAAAAAUUCGUAUGUGUCCUUACUGGUGGAAAUUUGUAUAUGUAGUAGGACACGUGAGUGUAUACACGAAGCACAAUAAGGUUAGGAAGGACAGUCCCCCCACAAACACACAUUAUAAGGGAGACUUUUUUUUUAACUUUUUAACAAACUUCUUAAAAAAACUUUUGGAACAGUUUCGAAUAAAAUGCUAUUACACAGAAGAGCAAGGGGAAGAUAUGAUUACCACAAAAAAAUUUCAGGAGAAUUGAUACUAUAGAUAAGGACAAUAUUUAGCCCGGGUGGUACACGAACCCGGGGGAACUGGCCCAAAUGAGCCAGAAACACUAAAAAGAUUUUAUUCAGUGUCAGAGUAGUUAACAAAUGGAAUGCGCUUGUCAGUGAUGUGGUAGAGGCUGACUCUAUACAGUUUCGAAAAUAGAUAAUACAUCAUAUAAUGACGCUCUGUCAUAUGUGAGAGGACGGGUUGAUCACCUAAUUAUAGGAUCGACAGGAACCUGUAUUCCAGCUGAGUGAGGGUCGAGAGGCGGGACCAAAGAGCCGAAGCGUAACUCCUUUAAGCCCAGUUACAAGACUACAAACUCGGAAAGCAGGCGCCAGCAGCCGGAAGAGGACUACAAUGGGCGAGAGUAUCUAACAGAAAGGAUUCAGAAAUUCACAGUGAGGGGGCGAUAAGUCUAAUUCCUAUAGGAUAACACGAGUUGUCUCUGGGGAUUCCUACUAUCCCUGAUAUAAGCUAUUGAUCUGAUACCAUCUCUGAUAUAAGCCAUUAUCUACCAUGACGUAGAUAAAUCUAUACAAAGUCUCGGAGAAAGGUAUUUCAAUAAGCAAAAGGAUCGAUUACCAUUUUGAUAUAAGGGUAGCGACUGGAAGGCGGGGUCCUGGAGCUAAUGUUCGUCCUAUAAGAGCAUAUUCGGGUUUGGUUAGGUGUCGGGCUUAAAAGGCCUAUCAACCAGAGUGGUGUUAUUAAGUAUAUUAGUGUUUAUACAGUACAUUGAGAAGCGCGGUAGAGUACACUUCGUGUGUCCUUGUUAACAUAUAUACAUACACUCACACACAUACUAAGCAGCCCAUAACUAUUAAGAACUAUAUUACAAGUUUUAUGUUCGCAAUUUAACUUCUGUAUGACUAAACUUAUCCUGUAGUCAGUAAAGUAAGCAAGCGAGCAAGCAAGCAGGUAAGCUAGCAAUAAUGACUACAUUUUCUAUGAUUAAAUAUAAAUGACAGUGGGUCAGCAGUAAGGAAAUAUUUAAUCUCAGUCAGCGACGAGCGCCGCCAACGGACAGGCAACCGACGCUCUUCUCCAUCGGCUUCUAGUCAACAGCAGGCAGGUGGGAGAGGGAGGUUGAUUAGGAUAGUAAAUAUAAGUAUAGUUAAGGGAAUAUUGCCCAAACGUCACUGUCUUUCCACGAGAAUCGAACGUGGGAUUUUUCAGUUGCGAAUCGACUACGUCAAUCAUUGUGCUAUGCACUCUGAGGACAUAUGUACUAUAAUUAAAGGUUAAAAAGGAAUCGGUAAUGUAUUUGUCACAAAUUGUACAAAUGGAGGAUUUUAAGAGAACAGUUCUUAUUGGAAUCGUGUAAUGCUUCCUUGACAGAGUUAACUAGCAAUAACUUGUUCUAUCUUGAGAUGAUUUGGGGCAUUUAGUGUCUCCGCGGCCUGGUCCUCGACCAGGCCCCCUUGUUUUACGAACAAGAACUGGUGAACAUACCUGACGUUUGUGUUACCACACAAGAACUCUUGUAAGUAUAUAGUUUGUGUUGAUUUGUUUAAUAAAUGUUGUGGCAGAAGGAGAUGCAGGUGUGGGGAGCGUUGUGCUUGGGGACGCUGGUGGUGGUGUUGAACCCCGGCCUCUCCCUCAGACGCUGGAGGUUCUUCACGGCGCCAGGCAUGACCUUCAACUCCAGCGACGCCUCCAACACCUUCAACGUCAGCUACCCAUGCGAGUGCAAGGCGUUGUGUCUCAUCAACCAGACUUGCCUGGCCUGGACGGCGGAGAUGAGGGCAGAAGCCUGGAGUUGUCUACACGCCACCAAAGGCCCCCUUCUCACCCCGUCCCUCACCAACAACUCCGCUGCUGUCUAUGGCUUUACUGAAGACACGCUGACUGGCGUGAUUAAUGUGGUGCAAAAAGAGGACCAGCUUCACUACUUCGUGCCUAACAUGAGGGUCACCACGACACAGGCAGGCCGGGGUAACUGCUCCAAGAUCCCGGGCUUCAGGCUGGCUAUGCUUAAGACGGAACAGCAGCAGAGUAUCGGCAAGGCUCUGGCAGCACAAGCAGGCUCAGCUCUGCGUAUGGACAUAGUGGUGAUCGCCAACAAGACCUAUUGGGGAGACGGGACGCCAUAUUCUGGACAAGUCAUCGGGGUCGCCCUUACCAAUAUGACCUUGAUUAUCUCCAACUUAGGGAUCACAUCGUCCAUGUUGUGGCCUGCUCCUUACUUCCUGUGUCAGGGAAAUCAUGUAGACCUCAUCGAAUGAAGCAGGAACGCAGACUUCAGCUCAGGGGCGAGAGUGUGCACAACCACAGCCCUUGAUGUUACUAUGGUAACCGUGUUAGUGAUGCUGCACACCCAUCUACACAAGGCACUUGAGGUCAGAAUUAUGACACGAGAUAGAUAGAUAGAGAGAGAGAGAGAGAGAGAGAGAGAGAGAGAGAGAGAGAGAGAGAGAGAGAGAGAGAGAGAGAGAGAGAGAGAGAGAGAGAGACAGAAAGAGAGAGACAGACAGGCAGAAAACAGUGAUUAUAUAUACUAUGUUUUGCGUUGCUAUUAACAACAAGUCUUGUGGAUAACAGUGACAGAUAAUAAUUUCACUGCUUGUUAGUACACUGUUGUUUAACUACCAAGUAGUCAAAUGUUCAGAACUUUCUCUCCAAUCCUUAGAUCAAACAGCGUGACGAAAUCCCCACUUGGCUUCUUUAUAAUAUGAAAAUAUCUUUCCAUAUCUUUUAACUUUGUUAACAGCCAAUGGAAAUCGUUUCAUAAAAAUCUGUUAACGAAAUUUAUUGAUUAACUCAGUUUUUUUUAGCUGAUUGUAUUUAUGUAAUAUCAGUAUGAAUUAAAAGUUGUAUUAUGUUG